CGCUCGAUUCGGACCACAGUAGCCCACUCACAUGGCACACUUCCCUUCGCAUGCGGCAGGGACCUAGGGCUGAACUGCCAAGCUUACCGUCAGAGUCGAGCGCCUCACACAUUGGGACCGUCAGGAUGGAACGCAAAGCGAGCACGGCGUCCACCACAUCCAAUUCAACUCUUCGUGGAGCACCGUCUACACCUCCCGCAGACAGCGGAGGCGCAAGUCCGAGCGUUCAGCUCACCCCUGGAGGGUCGAGAUCGCUCAAAGAUCGCCUAACUAAUUUCCCUGCGCUCUCCCAUUCCCGUCCUACCACGUCCAUCGAUACCACUCCUGCCUCUGCGACUGCCCCAUACACCUUCUCCGCCGCCAGCCUCACCCCACACAUCGCUUCGCCUUCGCUGCCGCGCAGGCGGAGGGGGAGCAUGAGAGACAGCCUGCAAGGGCUGUUCAACCACAGCCCUGGGAAGGCGAACGGGAACGAGGAGCGAGUGAGCAGGAGAGUGAGCAUAGGGGGUGUCGACGACCUCGAGCUGGAUCCUGAUCCGGAGCUGGACCUCGACAUGGAUCAGGAGAGACGACUCAAGCGCGGCGGUCGGUACUUCAACGGCCAGCGAUGAGAUGAUACCCUAUACCUUUUUCUUCCUUUUAGUCUUUUCACGCAUCGAGUUAUUUGUCUCUUUGUUUUGGUUUCGGUUGUGGUUUGGUUUUGAUCGGCUCUCCAUGGUUUCCUGUAGCACUUUCC